UUAGGCAAACCCUUUCCUUGACCGAAGCUGCUUGCUAACGAGAGAGAGACCGAGAGAGAGAUGUUCUUCCACAUAGUGUUGGAGCGCAACAUGCAGUUGCAUCCCAGAUUCUUUGGUCGGAACCUACGAGAAAAUCUCGUCUCCAAACUCAUGAAGGAUGUCGAGGGCACUUGCAGUGGCCGCCAUGGGUUUGUAGUGGCGAUAACUGGAAUAGAAAGCGUUGGAAAGGGUCUAAUUAGGGACGGGACCGGGUUUGUCACGUUUCCAGUCAAAUACCAAUGUGUUGUAUUCAGACCUUUCAAAGGCGAGAUCUUGGAAGCUGUUGUUACUUUGGUCAAUAAGAUGGGAUUCUUCGCUGAAGCUGGUCCUGUUCAAAUUUUUGUUUCCAAGCAUUUGAUUCCUGACGAUAUGGAGUUCCAGCCUGGAGACAUGCCAAAUUACACAACAUCCGAUGGAUCGGUUAAGAUUCAAAAGGAGUGUGAAGUUAGGCUGAAGAUUAUCGGAACACGAGUAGAUGCUACAGAAAUCUUUUGCGUCGGUACCAUUAAAGACGAUUUCCUGGGAGUCAUAAACGAUCCUGCUGCUGCAUAAGGAACACUCUCAGUUCGAUUGUCUCAAUGGUGAGGAGAUGAGGUCUUGUCUGAAUACAAGCAGCAAACAUUAAUCAGAACCGUGUUGAGUUCAAAACUCAUAAGCACAUAUGCUUUUGCUUGAACAUGUAAGGAUACAUAUACAGAUUGUAAAGGAACUGUACGGAACAACCCAACUGAUGGCUGCGUUUAAAUGG